CAUUUCAUGCAUUACAUGCUCUUUACAAUGUACUUAUUAAAUCUACUUAGCACAAUAUUAGGUUCACUCUGGCAAAUGUUUUCCUGGAAAGUGUUUCCUGGAACCUGUGUUCUAACUUAAGGGGUAAAUAUACACCACCUUACCGUUACGCCAUUUUACUGUUAAUUGGGAGUCAACAAGGUUGGCAAAUAGAAUCUAUUGAACUUCAAGGUCAAGCUGAAGAGAGAGGGAAGGAGGAGGGAGCUGAGGUGAACAGUGAGUCAUGGAGAGGGAAUUUGUGAGGAAGAAGCUGCUGUAGCUGCUGGAAGCUCAACAGAGAAUCGGUGCUAGAUCAAGACAGUCAUCCCUUGUGCUGCAUCUAGCCAAGGUAUGAAUGAUGGAGUGUGGAGAGACUGAUUCCAUGACCAUCAUUUCUAGACAGGAGGGUUAUGACUAUGAGUUUGUACCUCCCCUUGAUUCCAAGUAUGAGUGUGCCAUAUGUCUGCUGGGACUCAGGUCUCCAGUACAGACCACUUGUGGACAUCGCUUUUGUAAAGAAUGUAUCUUCAACAGCAUUAGUGAGAGCAGCAAUCUUUCCCCCAAUUGUAACACACCCUUAACAGAAACAGACUUUUUUUCCCGACUCGUGCUAGCGGGGACCCGCAGCCUCAGACCAGUUAUGUGUCCUAAUGAGUGUUCAGCUACAGUGCUUCAGAAAGAACUAGAGCAGCACUUGAUGUCCGAGUGUGUCUUACGGGUGAAAAUGUGUGAUCUCUGUAACGAACCCUUUACUUUCAACCAAGAGCAGCUUCAUCUGUUAACUUGCCGCCAUGUUGUAGUUGCAUGCGAGAUGUGUGGGACGAUGGUGGAACGUGGCGAUGUUGCUACCCACAUGACUGAAACUUGUCAGAAGGUGGUAGUCACUUGCCCCUUUGCAGAGCAUGGGUGCCAUCAAAAGAUGACACGAGCUGACUUAGACCAACACAUGGCACAAGAAACACAAUUCCACCUCUUUCUGUUAUCAUCUGCUUACAAAAAGAUCAACACAUUUGUAUCCGAAUUAAGUCGAACAGUUGGGGUUAUACAGUCCCCAUUUGGAAACUUUAGUCGACAGCCAAGUUUAAGAAGUCAACUGUCAGCCACUUCUCCAAUACCUGAGAACCAUGUAAGUCCAUCACAUCCUGAGAGAACAUUAGAAAAAUCCUUGUCUGCUUCUGGAGCCAUUGGGGGCAGCGAGAAGUCAUCAUUAUUUUCUUCAGCUCAUCCUGGAGAUAGAGGAGCAGAUUCAGGAAUUGAAGUUAAUAAACUUCACCUGCAUAUGAAUCAUAUGACAAUUAAUGAAGGUGCCAAAGCAACUUCAAAGUCUUCCAUGUCAGUACUGACCCAACAAGAUAUAAUACUGCGUGACUUGUGUGAAAAGAGUGUAGAUUUAAGCCAGAGUAUGGUAGAGGAGACCAUUAAGCUUAGCAAUUUGGCCAAGAGGAUUGAAGAAAUUGAUGCUUACGUUGAAGCUCACUUAGCAGAGCUAAAUGGAAAAUUUUGUAAUGGUGAAUAUGUAUGGAGAAUAAGGAAUUUCUCACAGUUUUGUGCUGAGUUACAAAAUAAGCCUGGGAGAGUGUGCCACAGUCCACCAUUCUACACAUCUCAAUUUGGGUAUAAAUUUUGCUUGCGGACAAACAUUACAAGUAAGUUUGAUGAGCAUUUCUUAGCACUAUUUAUUCACACAAUGCAGGGGGAUAAUGAUGAUUUUCUAGACUGGCCAUUUUCUGGACGAAUAACGAUCUCUGUUUUAGAUUGUGGCACAGCUUUACCCAAGAAGCACAUCACAGAAACAAUGAUGAGCAAACCAGAUCGACAAGCUUUCAUGCGGCCAGAGGUAUCUCGGAAUCCUAAAGGAUUUGGCUACACUGACUUUGUACCCCUUAAAAAACUAAUUGAUGAUAAGAAUGGGAGCUACAUAAAAAAUAAUAUGUUGUGCAUUCGUGCAGUGAUUUGUCCAGGAACACCAUCCAUUAAACAAAUAGAAUGCACUUGAAAUUAUUAAAACCAGCUAUUCAGUAUUAAUAUAAAUAAAUUAAUAUAUAUAUUUUUCUACCUUUACACACACACUAGAAUCUCCCAUAAGCACAGUAUCAUCAGCAAAAAGUAACUGUGUCAGUUCCCAUUUUGUAUUUGAUUCCCCAUAAUUUAAUCCCACCCCUCUCCCAAACACCCUAGCAUUUACUUCUUUUACAACCCCAUCUAUAAAUAUAUUAAAUAACCAUGGUGACAUUACACAUCCCUGUCUAAGACCUACUUUUACCGGGAAGUAUUCUCCCUCUCUUCUGCACACACUAACCUGAGCCUCACUAUCCUCAAAAACUCUUUACAGCAUUUAGUAACUUACCACCUAUUCCAUAUACUUGCAACAUCUGCCACAUUGCUCCCCUAUCCACUCUAUAAUAAGCCUUUUCUAAAUCUAUAAAUGUAAUGAAAACUUCUCUACCUUUAUCUAAAUACUGUUCACAUAUAUGCUUCAAUGUAGACACUUGAUCUACACAUCCUCUACCCACUCUAAAACUUCCUUGCUCAUCCACAAUCCUACAUUCUGUCUUACCUCUAAUUCUUUCAAUAACAACCCUACCGUGCACUUUUCCUGGUAUACUCGGUAAACUAGUUCCUCUAUAAUUUUUACAAUCUCUUUUGUCCCCCUUCCGUUUAUAUAAAGGGACUAUCCAUGCUCUCUGCCGGUUCCUAGGUACCUCUCCCUCUUUCAUACAUUUAUUAAACAAAAAUACCAACCACUCUAACACUAUCCUCCCCUGCUUUUAGCAUUUCUGUCAUGAUCCCGUCAGUUCCAGCUGCUUUACCCCCUUUCAUUCUAUGUAAUGCCUCAUGCACCUCCCACACUCGCAUCCUGCUCUUCUUCACUCCUAAAAGAUGGUAUACCUCCCUGGCCAAUGCAUGAAAUUACUGCCUCCCUUUCUUUGUCAACAUUUAAAAGUUCCUCAAAAUAUUCCCGCCAUCUAUCCAAUACCUCCAUCUCCCCAUCUACUAACUCCCCUACUCUGUUUUUAACUGACAAAUCCAUUCGUUGCCUAAUCUUUAACUUGUUUAACCCCCUCCAAAAUUUUUCUUAUUUUCAUUAAAAUUUCUUGACAGUGCCUCUCCCACUCUAUCAUCUGCUCUCCUUUUGCCCUCUCAUAAGCUACCUUUUUCUCUUAUCACACCCUUUACUUCAUUCCACCAUUCACUCCUCUUUCCUCCUGCACCCACCCUCCUAUAACCACAAACUUCUGCCCCACAUUCUAAUACUGCAUUUUUAAAACUAUUCCAACCCUCUUCAAACCCCCCCCCCCCCACUAUGCAUACUUGCACUAGCCCACCUUUCUGCCAGUAGUUGCUUAUAUCUCACCCGAACUUCCUCCUCCCUUAGUUUAUACACUUUCACCUCUCUCUUAUUUGUUGUUGCCACUUUCUUCUUGUCCCAUCUACUUCUUACUUUAACUGUAGCUACAACUAAAUAAUGAUCCAAUAUAUCAGUUGCCCCUCUAUAAACAUGUACAUCCUGGAACCUACCCAUCAACCUUUUAUCCACCAAUACAUAAUCUAACAAACUGUUUUCAUUAUGCGCUAUAUCCCCCUCAAGGAAGGUUCCUUGAUGUUGGUGAGGGGCUCUUGAUUUAGGGAAUUGGAUCUGUGCUCCAGUUCCCCGAAUUAAGCCUGAAUGCCUUCCACAUCCCCCCCCCAGGCGCUGUAUAAUCCUCUAGGUUUAGCGCUUCCCCCUUGAUUAUAAUAAUAAUAUGCGCUAUAUCAUACUUUGUAUGUUUAUUUAUGCUCUUUUUUCAUAAAAUAUGUAUUACUUAUUACCAAACCUCUUUCUACACAUAGCUCAAUAAAAGGCUCCCCAUUUUCAUUUACCCCUGGCACCCCAAAUUUACCUACUACUCCCUCCGCAACAUUUUUACCCAUUUUAGCAUUGAAAUCCCCAACCACAAGUACUCUCACACUUGGUUCAAAGCUCCCCAUGCAUUCACUCAACAUUUCCCAAAAUCUCUUUCUUCUACACUUCUCUCUUCUCCAGGUGCAUAGAUAAAGAAAAAUUGGAUAUCAAAUUGGAGAGGAGUAUGGAAGAAGUGAAUGUUUUCAGAUAUUUAGGAGUUGACGUGUCAGCGGAUGGAUUUAUGAAGGAUGAGGUUAAUCACAGAAUUGAUGAACGAAAAAAGGCGAGUGGUGCGUCGAGGUAUAUGUGGAGACAAAAAACGUUAUCUAUGGAGGCAAGGAAGGGAAUGUAGAAAAGUAUAGUAGUACCAACACUCUUAUAUGGGUGUGAAGCUUGGGUUGUAAAUGCUGCAGCGAGGAGAUGGUUGGAGGCAGUGGAGACGUCCUGUCUAAGGGCAAUGUGUGGUGUAAAUAUUAUGCAGAAAAUUCGGAGUGUGGAAAUUAGGAGAAGGUGUGGAGUUAAUAAAAGUAUUAGUCAGAGGGCUGAAGAGGGGUUAUUGAGGUGGUUUGGUCAUUUAGAGAGAAUGGAUCAAAAUAGAAUGUCAUGGAGAGCGUAUAAAUCUGUAGGGGAAGGAAGGCGGGGUAGGGGGUCGUCCUCGAAAAGGUUGGAGGGAGGGGGUAAAGGAGGUUUUGUGGGAGAGGGGCUUGGACUUCCAGCAAGCGUGUUAGGAGUGAAUGGAGACAAAUGGUAUUUGGGAUCUGACAAUCUGUUGGAGUGUGAGCAGGGUAAUAUUUAGUGAAGGGAUUCAGGGAAACCGGUUAUUUUUAUAUAGCCGGACUCGAGUCCUGGAAAUGGAAAGUACAAUGCCUGCACUUUAAAGGAGGGGUUUGGGAUAUUGGCAGUUUGGAGGGAUAUGUUGUGCAUCUUUAUACAUAUAUGCUUCUGAGCACCUCUGCAAAAACAGUGAUUAUGAAUGAGUGAGGUGAGAGUGUUGAAUGAUGAUAAAAGUAUUUUCUUUUUGGGUCACCCUGCCUUGGUGGGAGAUGGCCGACUUGUUAAAAAAAAUAUACAGUGGUCCCUCGUUUAUCGUCAUUAAUCCGUUCCUGGAAGUGUGACGAUUGUCGAAAUAGACGAUUUCGAAUAAAUUUUCGCCCAUAAGUAAUAAUGUAAAUACAAUUAAUCCGUUCCUGACACCCAGAAGUAUUAAGAAAAUUUUUUUUACAUGAAAUAUAGAUGUAGUACAUAAACAAUACAAUGGGACAUGAUGAAUGAAACAUUAACAGCAUAACACUUUCCUUUAUUGGUGAUUCUUUUUAGUGUAUGGAAGACUGGAGGAGGAGAGAGAUUGGAUUAGUUACUGUUUGGAAGGGGAAUCCCCUUCCAUCAACACCUCUGGUACCAAGUCCUUUUCUGGGGUUACUUCUCUUCUCUGUUUCUUAAUGCUACUAGGACCACCUUGAGAGUCACUGGAGUUCUGUCUCGCAAAAAGUAUCCAGAGAGCUCUGUUUCUGGCGUCUCUUUAAAACUUCCCUAAAAUGGGCCAAGACUUUGUCACUGUACAUGUUGCCAACAUGGCUUGCAACAUCCUUCUCAGGGUGAUGUUUCUCCAUAAAUCUUUCCAUCCUACCCCACAUUUCAAAAAUCUCCUUAAUUUCUGAAGAAGGCACCUUCUUCCAUCUCUCUUCCUCCUCCUCUGCAGCAAGACUCUGAGCUGUGAUCUGUUGCUGUUCCUGCUGAAGCUCUUUCAGCUCCUCAGUGGUUAGCUCUUUGUUGUGGUCUUCCACCAACUCUUCCACAUCCUCCAAACUCGCAUCCCACCCCAUGGAACUCCCCAAUGCCACAAUAGAGUUCACAACUGGCAUAGGCUCAUCAGGGUCAGCCACAAACCCUUCAAAAUCUCUCUUGUGGACACAAUCUGGCCACAAUUUUCUCCAAGCAGAGUUCAAAGUCCUGGUAGUCACUCCCUCCCAAGGCUUACUUAUAAGGCUUAUGCAAUAGAGGAUACUGAAGUGUUCUUUCCAAAAAUCUCUUAGGGUCAAGCGAGUGUCUGAGGUCACAUUAAAGCACCUUUGAAACAUUGCUUUGGUGUAGAGUUUUUUAAAGUUUGAAAUGACCUGCUGGUCCAUGGGCUGGAGGAGAGGAGUGGAAUUUGGGGGGCAAGAACUUUACUGUGAUGAACCCAAACUCCUGCAGAAUUAGGUCAUCCAAGUUUAGAGGAUGAGCAGGUGCAUUGUCCAUUACUAGGAGGCACUUGAGAUCCAAUUUCUUUUCCAGGAGGUAAUUCUUCACAUUAGGGCCAAACACUUCAUUGAACCACUCGACGAAAAUUUCCCUCGUGACCCAUGCCUUAUUAUUAGAUCUCCAAAACAUACACAAUUUACUCUUCAUAACAUUGUUUUUCCUGAACACUCUGGGAUUUUCAGAAUGGUACACUAGUAACAGCUUCACUUUGAAAUCCCCACUAGCAUUAGCACAGAACAUGAGUGUCAGCCUGUCUUUCAUAGGCUUGUGUCCUGGUAGUCCCUUUUCCUCCUAAGUAAUGUAGGUCCUCUUUGGCAUUUUCUUCCAAAAGAGGCCUGUUUUGUCACAAUUGAACAUUUGUUCAGGUUUCAGUCCUUCAGCCCCUAUGUACUCCAUGAAUUCACUUACGAAUUUUGUAGCCGCAAUUUUGUCACACUGCCUUAUCACACUGUGUAUGCCACUACGGUUCUUAAAUCUCCCAAACCAACAUUUGCUGGCUUUAAAUUCACAAAUAUCAGUACUCAUUUCAGGCAAUUUCUUUACCAGAUCGUCAUGCAACUGCCUAGCCUUUUCACAAAUAAUCGACAUCAUAAGACUAACUCCUGCUAAUUGUUUCUCAUUUAUCCACACCAAUAAUAACUUCUCAACAUCUUUGGGUACUGGUGAUCUCAUUUUUGUCAGGAUAUUUACCCACUUUGCAACAACAGCUUCCUUGCUUUCCUUUUUCUUGGCCAUGAUAGAUAUGGUUGUACAGGAUUUGUUAUACAUCCUGGCCAGUUCGGCCACACGUACGCCACUUUCAUAUUGUUCAAUGAUGUUUUUCUUAAAUUCAAUCGUAUUUCUCACCUUCUUUACCAAUGGCUUGGCACUAGGAGCUUUCUUUGGAGCCAUGGUAGCUUAUUUAGCACUUGCAAGCACUAAAAUGAAUGUAAUAUUAUGAAAUAGUUUGUAUGAACAAGUGAGGGGACCGUAGCUUACUGGUAAACAGUGGCACAUUGGCUGGGAAGGGAGACUGAGGCGGCUUAGAGCCAUGAGUAUGUGUUCAGGACAAACGACGAUUAGCGAGUCAACCGGCCAUUUGCGAGCCAAUGUUUGGACGAAAAUAACGCUACGAUUUCUGAAAAGGACGAUUAUCGAGGGACCACUGUAUAUAUUUUUUUAACACACUGGCCAUCUUCCACUGAGGCAGGGUGACCCAAAAAGAACACUUUCACCAUCAUUCACACUAUCACUGUCUUCCCAGAGGCACACAGAUGCAACAGUUAAAAUAACCCUCCAUAGAGUAAAUAUCCCCACCCCUCUAGAGUGCUGGCACUAUACUUUUCUUGAGGACUCAAGUCCCUUCAGUACUGUAUUACCCUUCUGUGUUUAAUUUUUUUUUUUUUAUUAACACAUCGGCCAAUUCCCACCAAGGUAGGGUGGCCCGAAAAAGAAAAACUUCCAUCACUGUCUUGCCAGAGGGGUGCUUUAAAUUACAGUUUUUAAAACUGCAACAUUAACACCCCUCCUUCGGAGUGCAGACACUGUACAGGUACCAUCCGACUUACAAUCUAUGCGACAUACAACCACUCGACUUAUGACCGUGCGUCUGGCACCAGUAUAAUGUGAGCCUUUAUUGACAACAUUUCGCCCACACAAGUAGAGGUGGUAGUAGUAGUUAUACAUGUGGUGGAAAAGUCAGCUGGUACAUGAGAACGAAAGGUUACAUAAGCUAUGGCUUAGGUGGCAUAAAAAAUAGGUCAGGCAAAUGUAUAUGGAUGGAUUUGAGAAGGCAUGUUUCAGUGGUGACCUGUAAUUAGCUCAGUGAGGAUGUGUCUAGUGUACUCCCUUUGGAGUAAACCAGGAUGCCCUCCAUUGAGCAACUUCACCAGCAGCUUAAAGAGGAAUUGAGGGUAGCGAAGCUUGAGAUACGGCGAUUGAUGGAGGAAAACAAGAGGAUUCGUAGUAGUCCUGUUGUGAGUCCUCAGGUCAAGAAGGGAACCUGGGUAGUGGCUGGACAGCAUGGAAUGAAGUUGAGGAUCAAGAAGGCAAAUGGAGAGGAGGAGACGAUGAAGAAGAAAGAGACUGUUGUGGUAACUUCGAACUCCUUUACUGUGCUACCAGAUGAAUGUGAGUCAGCCACCCACGAUCUUCUAACAAAGACAGUUGCUAACGACACAAUGAAGCCACCCAGUGAAGACCAUCUCUACAAAGACUGCCGAGAAUGUCAUGAACACUGCCAGUCAAUGUAAGAACAUUGUUUUAGUUGGGGACAGUCAGAUUAAGUUUAUGGAUAGGGCUUUUUGUCUUAGGGAUAGAAAUAGGAGGCAGAGGGUGUGUUUUCCUAGGGCUGGGAUGAAGGAUAUUGUUAGCCGUCUGGACGACAUCACAAGAAGUAAUGGGAGUAAUCCUAUUAUCUGUCUCAGUGCUGGAGGCAACGAUGUUGACAGACGUAGGAGUGAGGACUUGAUUAGCAGGUAUAGGUCAGGAAUAGACAUAAUUAGGAAGAAGGGUGGGAACCCUGUCAUAUGUGGCAUUUUGCCAAGGAGAAGAGUUGGAAAUGAAUGGUUGUCCAGGGCAGUUGGUGUCAACUGCUGGCUGGACAAAUACUGUAAGGAAAAUGUGGUAACAUUUAUUGACAACUGGGACCUCUUCUAUGGCAGAUAUGACAUGUAUACCAGGGAUGGGGUUCACUUAUCAAGGUCUGGGGUGGGGGCACUGGCAACUGCGUGGAGGGAGCUGUUAGGUAAGCUUUAAACUAGGAAUAGUUAGUGGUAUGGGUUUUUGCAGGAAAACAGUGAACUCCCAGGUGUAUAGAACAAAAGUUAGAGAUAAGAUAGGUCACCUUAAAAAUAACUAUGGGCAUCUUACUGACAAAGAGAAUGAAAUGUGCUCGAUUUUAAAUACACCUACCAUCCGACUUAUGACCUACUCGACUUACGACCGUGUUUUUUAUGCCAAAUUUCUGGGAAAUAAACAACUAUUUGUGUUGUACACAGUGUUUAUCCUAAACCUUACAGUAUAAAAUACAGUUCUAACAGCAUAAAAGUAAAGUAAAACAUGAAAUACCAAAAUAAAACAAAAUAGUCAUUACAAAAAUGUUUUGUUAAUAUUCAGUAGUAAAGUUCGACUUAUGACCGGUUUCUCGGAACCGAACUCGGUCGUAAGUCGGAUGGUAGGUGUAAUUAUUUUCUCUCGGUUUUUACACAGGUCGAUGGAUCUAUAAUUUCCUCACUAACAGAACACAGAGAGUAGUCGCCAACAGAGUAAAGUCCGAGGCAGCUACGGUGAAAAGCUCUGUUCCACAAGGCACAGUACUCGCUCCCAUCUUGCUCCUCAUCCUCAUAUCCGACAUAGACAAGGAUGUCAGCCACAGUACCGUGUCUUCCUUUGCAGAUGACACCCGAAUCUGCAUGACAGUGUCUUCCAUUGCAGACACUGCAAAGCUCCAGGCGGACAUCAACCAAAUCUUUCAGUGGGCUGCAGAAAACAAUAUGAAGUUCAACGAUGAGAAAUUUCAAUUACUCAGAUAUGGUAAACAUGAGGAAAUUAAAUCUUCAUCAGAGUACAAAACAAAUUCUGGCCACAAAAUAGAGCGAAACACCAACGUCAAAGACCUGGGAGUGAUCAUGUCGGAGGAUCUCACCUUCAAGGACCAUAACAUUGUAUCAAUCGCAUCUGCUAGAAAAAUGACAGGAUGGAUAAUGAGAACCUUCAAAACUAGGGAGGCCAAGCCCAUGAUGACACUCUUCAGGUCACUUGUUCUAUCUAGGCUGGAAUAUUGCUGCACACUAACAGCACCUUUCAAGGCAGGUGAAAUUGCCGACCUAGAAAAUGUACAGAGAACUUUCACGGCGCGCAUAACGGAGAUAAAACACCUCAAUUAUUGGGAGCGCUUGAGGUUCCUAAUCCUGUAUUCCCUGGAACGCAGGAGGGAGAGAUACAUGAUUAUAUACACCUGGAAAAUCCUAGAGGGACUAGUACCGAACUUGCACACGAAAAUCACUCACUACGAAAGCAAAAGACUUGGCAGACGAUGCACCAUCCCCCCAAUGAAAAGCAGGGGUGUCACUAGCACGUUAAGAGACCAUACAAUAAGUGUCAGGGGCCCGAGACUGUUCAACUGCCUCCCAGCACACAUAAGGGGAAUUACCAACAGACCCCUGGCAGUCUUCAAGCUGGCACUGGACAAGCACCUAAAGUCAGUUCCUGAUCAGCCGGGCUGUGGCUCGUAUGUUGGUUUGCGUGCAGCCAGCAGCAACAGCCUGGUUGAUCAGGCUUUGAUCCACCAGGAGGCCUGGUCACAGACCGGGCCGCGGGAGAGUUGACCCCCGGAACUCUCUCCAAGUAAACUCCAGGUAAACAAUAGUGGGCCUGAAGAAGAUAAAUUAUGUAACAUCACAGUCACUAGUGAAAUGGUUAUGAAACAAAUAGACCGACUGAAACAAAAUAAAUUGCCGGGUCCUGAUGAGCUUUUUUCAAGGGUUCUUAACCCCUUUCAGGGUCCACAGGCCCUCUCAGAAACUUGUUCUCAGGGUCCCCCAAAUUUAAAAAAAAAAAUAGUUUUUCUUAUGAAAAGAUAGAGAAUCUUUUCCCGAUCAUAAUGACACCAAAAGUAUGAAAUUUGAUGGAAAACUUACGGAAUUAUGCUCUCGCGAAGUUAGCGGGACUAGUAUACAAAAAUCAUAACACAGUAUUUCGCUAGAACUCCAUUUUUUCUAUCGAAUGAGUACAAGAAACCACCAAUUUACCGAUUUCAACUAUCCAAUACAGUGGUCAGAAUUUAGCAAUUUUGCCAAUUUCCAAAUAGGGUCCAGAAUAAACAAGAAAAACAUUCCUGGCACUAAAAUAACAUUUCCUCUGUUCAUUAGUCACAUCCCUAUGCCCCUCUUACAUUCUUUUGCUUUCCAUUUUGAAUUUUUAUUCUCACAAAAAAUAGAAGAUUUACUGUUAUGCAGACUACUGCAUUAGUGUAGAAAUGGUAUAAAUAAUAUCGGCGCACUUGUGAAAGAAUAUUAGACUCCCCAGUUGGCGUGUAUUGGAUGCUUAGCAUGAUUUGUUUACUCUUGAACUUUGGUAAAAAUCAAACAUUUCUGCUACUUUGAGCUCAAUUUCAAGGUACUUUUCAUUGUAAAACCAGUCAAAAUCAUCUCAAUUUCUGUAAUAUGUCUUCCAUUCUAUACAACGAGACCAGGAAAAUUAAAAUACAACAAUAAAUACCAUACGAAAAUACAGUGCAAAGUCGCUGUUUUAAUCCAAAAACACGGUCAAAGUUUUUUUUCUCAUUACGCACUGUGUGCUGCAGGAUUUUUUUUUAUACUGCGCACACUGACCACAUAGACCCAUUCUUUCAUAUGUAGGCCUACCAGCUUUCUCUCACUAGAUUUAAAGGCACUAGAAUUUAUGAGUACUAGUAUGUCAUGGACCCUGGUGCAUAAGCCGUACUAGUGCGGCCGAAACCCUGAAAGGGUUAAGGAAUGAAAAAUGGAACUCUGUGAACCAUUAACUAAUAUUUUUAAUUUAUCUCUUCAAACAGGUGUAGUGUCUGAUAUGUGGAAGAUGGCUAGGGUAAUUCCUGUUUUUAAAGCAGGAGACAAGUCGUUACCGUCAAAUUACCGCCCGAUAAGCCUGACCUCAAUUGUAGGCAAAUUGCUAGAGUCAAUUAUAGCUGAGAUUAUAAGAGGCCAUCUGGAUAAGCAUAAUCCGAUUAAUGAUACUCAGCAUGGAUUCACGAGAGGCCGUUCCUUUCUAACUAAUUUAUUAACUUUCUUCAGUAAAGCUUUUGAGGCUGUUGAUCACGAUAAAGAAUUUGAUAUUGUUUUAGUAAGGCUUUUGAUAGAGUACCGCACCAAAGACUGUUAAAGUGGCAGCUCAU